AUGGACGGUGAUCAAGGGGCUGAGCAGCCUCCUGCUGAUGCGAUCGAGGUCGAUGACAUUUCUUGGAUGUUUGAUGAACACGACGGACAUCUUGAAGAGGCUUUAGCGGCGCCUGAGGACGAAGACCUCGAUCCUUUUUAUUUUGUGCGACCACAGAAGACAGGGGCUCGAAGUGAUGUCUAUCAGGCGGCAAGAGUUGGUGACUUGGACAGAAUCAAGCAUCUACUUGAGGAGGAGGGCGUGGACGUCAAUCAGCGUGACAGAUGGGACAGUGUGCCCCUGUACUAUUCCUGCUUGGCAGGGCACAGUGAUGUCGUGGAGUACCUAUUGGAAGCUGGCGCGGUGUGCAAUGAGUACACAUUUGAUGGUGAUCGCUGCCACUACGCUGCUCUCACAACCUUCAUCAGGUCGUUGCUUCGGCAGUAUGAGCAGCGGCCGCCUCCCCUCGCUCCUCUGGCCGCAGAUCUGCGCACACUCACACCCCUCUGUGAUGACCUGGAGGCUCCUGCCUCCACAAACAGGCGGGAGGAGGCGCCCUGGUGCGACUUUGCUUUUGUGGUGGCCGGCGAACGCAUCACUCUGCACCAGGCCGUCCUGGCUGCCCGAUCGCCCUUCUUCUGCCGCAUGCUGUUGUCAGAUUGGAGGCCAACGGAUUCGGACGGCGGCGGCUAUCGGGUAGUGCAGCUGAGGAACGCAGAGCUGUCGCCUGUGGGGCUUAAGGCGGUGCUGGCCUUCAUGUACACCGAGCGCCUGGACGUAGCAAUGGAGGACGUGGAGGCUGUGCUGCGCGUGGCCAAGAAGUGUAAGCUGCGCGCGGUGGUGCACGCCAUCACCGAGGAGCAGGGCACGCUCAAAUACUACUUCAAGUCUACCCGCCGUGAUGAAGCCCCUCGCAGGUUUGUGCUGCAGCCUGGGGCGGUGUCGGAGGAGUCUCGUCUGGCUGCUCAGCUGGGCCAGCUGCGAAGCCUAUCUAUGAACCUCGAGGCAGCACAGUACCUGCAGACGGCCCGAGACUUUGCAGACGUGCUGCUCCGGUCAGAAGACCAGCUAUUCAGGUGCCAUCGUUGCAUACUGUCGGCGCGCUCAGACUACUUCAGUGCAUUGCUGACGCGGUCACAGAGCUCGCAGAUUCCAGGAGACCCUGAUGGAGGCGACCAAUUGGGGCAGUCACUGCCAGUAGUUCCAGUGGCGGAUGUAUCAGCAGCCGUCUUGGCCACAGUGCUGGAGUAUGUCUACACAGAUGCACUUGGAGCUCUAGCGGAAGACUUCCACAAGGAGCAGGGCGCCGAGCAGCUCUUCGAUGCAGCUGACCGCUACCUCAUCUUCCCAAUGAAGAGGAAAGUGGCGGAGGCAAUCGUUGCGGAGUGGCCUGUGUGCGCGCCGGAGCUGGAGGAAAUGUGCCGCAUGCUGCUGGUGGCGGACCGCUACGGCGUGACGCUGCUGCGCGACCGCUGCCUGCAUGCGCUGGCCGCGCGCUUCCAUGCCCUGGUCGAGGAGCGCGCCCCCCGCGAGGAGCGGGAGGUCUUUGAGGCAUUUGUCGCCGCUGUCGCGCCUAGGGAUGUGGAGGACAUCUUUGACGGCAGCCAUGUGCUGGGCGCAUCGAGGGGGGACAUUGUGGGCAGCGGCAUAGGGGGCCUGGGUAUAGGGACCAUCCUGCAGGACCUGCGCGAGGCCUUCCUGGAAGACUUUGGCGGCGCCGGAGAGGAACGGGAUCGCAGCGGAGACUUAUUUGACGCGCGCCUGCAGGAGGUCGCCACAUGCGCCUUUGAGCGGGAUUCCGAGGGCUGA